UGGUGUAGAAUUACAGUUUCCCUUCACUGGAACUAAGACUGUGCACAAAGCGAGCUCCAUGAAGACAUCAGUGUCUGACUUCAAUAAUGCUCUUGGGGCUGAAUGGGUGCAUCUCUACAGUCAUGCUCCAAAAUCUAGUGGAAUGUCUUCCCAGAAGAGUGGAGGGUCUUAUAAUAGCACAUGGAGGAGGGACUAAAUCUUGAAUGGGAUGAUCAAAAAGCACAUAUUGGUGUGAUGUUCAGGUGUCCACAUAUUUUUGGCUAUAUAGUGUAUCACAAAACAAUUCACACAUCCUCACAGCUCAUAAACUGGUAUCAUCCAGAAUGACAAAUUUCACACUUGUAAUGCUGUCUUAUGGAAAUAUUAUAAUUACGAGACGACCACAAUGUCUAAUCUCGUAUUUUUCUCUGAGCCCAACUUUCAGAGUUCUGAUAUGAUCUACAGCAAGGGUUUAGGAACAUGUUGUAUGUUAACUGUUCACUUCUUAUUUCAGUAAGGCAAAAUAAACUUGCCCUCGAAGAUACCAUUUUAAAAUAAAUAAAGAAAGAAAGAAAGAAAGAAAGAAAGACGUUUUCUCACGUCGUCCUUCUAUUAAUUUAUUUGUUUGUUUUGUGUGUUGUUGUUUUUUUUUGCUCAGACCCACUUGAACGCACAGCACGUGGUAAUCACUCUCUGAACUCGUGAGCAGGAGAUAUUUUGGAGGACUUGAGAGCAGCAUAAAUAGGUAACAACUUGGUAUGAUGUUCGAGUGGGAUUUUCAAGAAGGAAAAUUGGUGGCUUGUCGUUUACAGCACUCCAACACAGCGUGAAUUUACUUCUCCUUCUUGCCCUGGAUAGUUUUGUUGUUGUUUUUUUGUGGGAGGGGGGCGACUUUAGUUUGCACCUGCCGGGGUAAUACUCCUGUUUGUGAAUGCCAUUUUGGUUUCCAGCUACGUCUGAAAGUACACUUAGUGACUAGUUUAAUAAAACGGUGCAGUAGUUAGUGUAGUGUGUUUGAGAGACAGUUUCGGUGCAGUAGUGAGGGUUUUCGUUAAUUUUGUUCGAGCCGGUGAUUAGCUGUGCUGUGCUGUUUGGGAGGGGAAUGCGACUGAAAAGUUCAUUGUUUCAGGGUGUUUUUUUAAUCUGGGGAUUUGGAGGAGACAUCGUGAGCAGGAGGAGAGAGGAAGCGUAUUUCCGAACCGGAUAAACACGGGGCGAAAGAGGUUUUUGGCUCUGAUCGAAACCCACGGACUUGAAGAACUCGCUUUCACUCCAUUUUGUUGCAGAAAACAUUGGGGUUAACACUCAGGCCGAUGAGCUACAGCCAGCGUGCUCUCCUCGUCCUGGCGCUGCUGGGGGUUUUGUCGGCGAUCAUGUCGCUGAUGUCGGUGAGUUUGAUUUUCCAGCUGAAUGCCGUGGUGAAGGAGUCUGGAUCCGCGGUACCGGGGGAAAUGUGGGCCGUGUUAAAGCCGCUCUCCGCCGUGCUUUCUGCGCUCUCUCUCACCCUCAACUCAAGCGCGGCCAUCAUCUGCCUGCUGCACGCGCACUUUACCACCGAGAUGUGGAGAGAACACACACACAGGGCUGAAUGGUUCCUGUCAGACAGCAGGGUCAUUCGACAUGUCGCUAUCGGCUUGUUUUGCACUGGGAUUUCUUUUUACCUUGGUGCUUUGUCCAUUUACAUGUUGCUGGUCUUUGAGAUUGAGACAGGAAUAGCCAGCGUGUGUGUGCUCUCUUCUGGUGUACUGGUGCUACUGGUGUUAGUGGCUCAUACACUGGUCCGUGCUGCGUGCACAUCCAAACACUUUCUCAACCAACACAUCAAUACCAUGUACCAGAACGACCCUGAGAGCAGUGCUGGCAUCUGCACAGUAGCAUCAGAGCUUAGUCUCCGAGAAAAGACCACGAGACAACGCAGUGAAGACAGCAUGAACCACCUGUUCUCCUACACAGAGCCCAAACAACAACACUCCAAUGAAAGAGAGGUGUAUGGUGGGAGUGGACGCAUGCACAGGACCAUGUCUACUGAAUCCAGCCUGCUCCAGACACACACAAAGCCCUGGAAUGGUGUCAACCAUGAGAUGAGAACUGUGCUGACUCGCAAAGCCACAGGCAAAGACUCUACCUUAGUGUGAGCAGUUUUACUGUGAGAGGCUUUCAAGUGGAACUGUUCCUUUUACUAUUUUUGCUACAGACUUUCCACUGUACACUACACCACAAUUUCUCGGUUUUCUGCCUGAUAUGACACCCUAUAUGCGAUAAGAUUCUUGUUAGUUAUGGUGAUUUGAACUACAUGCAUUAGAAGGUACACUACUCAAGUUCUAUUCAGCACUAAGAACUAACAUAUAAAAACACUACAGCUUCAUCCUACAAUUAUACAACCGUGUAAACAUUGUUAACGGAUAAAGUGUGUGCUUGUAGGUCUUGUCACUUUUUUUAUAUUAACUCUCUAGACUUUCAAUUUCUGUCCACACAAAUGAUAAAUCAGUCCCUCCAGGAUUUUGCAAUCGCAGAAAUGAACUCAAAAUCAAGAAAACGCUGCAAUUUUUCGAAAUCAAUGCAGAUUUGGGGCAAGAUGCGUCAUGUGACAUCAUCACAAUGCACAUUCACCCAAAGCCCCCUUCACUUCAUGUACAUCGAACAUGAGUACAGCUAAAAGGUCUCAUUUACCAACAAACAUCAUUGUGAAAGAGCGUGCAAAACAAUUUUAUGCGAUUUCACCAAUUCAUGUAGUUUUCUGCAAAAAGCACAAAAAACUCUGCAAGUUACUUUGCAAAGUUUGAAAAAAGCCGCAACAAUCACAAACCUGUUUGGACUGAUAAAUAAUUCAACAAUUCAUGCUUAUAAAGUCUACUCAUGAAGUGUAACUGGAUUUGAAAUGUUCUUCUCUUAGGAAAAAUAAUUGUUGGGUGCUUUGGAUUUUCUCUUGAAAGACCACAUUUUAUUAGGAUUUUUAUAUUACUUUGUAGACUAUUUUUUUUUUUUAUGAUGUAAAAAAUAGUAUCAAACAUUUCUGAUGAAAAAUAAACACUACAGAAAUAUAUUAAGUUCAGUGCUUUUCAUAAUUGAUAAACGAUAUACAGCAAGUGGACAAGGUGAGAAAAAUCAUAAUGUAGGCUAUACAUUUUUUUUAAUUUUAUUUCAAAAGUAUUGAUUUAUUAUUGUUUUGUGGCACCCUGAAUCAGAACUGAAUACAUUUCUACCCCUUUAAAUGAAAUGAUUUGGUUUCUGAAAGCCUAAAUAUAGCAGCACUAUAAUGCAAUCUGGGGCCUAUUACACUCUUUUGCCAUAUUUUUGAGUAAUACCUCAUAGCAGUGUACCCCAAUGUUAAAAUGCGGAUCUCUAACACAAAAUGCAUAAAUGUUGGAAGACCUGAUUAAAGUUAUGACUUCAUUUUUCAUUUUUUUAUCACACAGAAACUGAACACAUCAACCAACCACUGACAAAACUACUUCAUGAAACACUUCUCUGUAUCUGUAGCAACAUGGCAAACCCCACCCUUUCUUUUAGCUCAGGAACUCCUUGAUUUUGGCAAUUAAGGAAUAUAUUGCCACAGAAAUAUACAGUUUAGUAAAACUUACUUUUAUGUCCAAAAGAUGAAACAAUGGGACUAAUUCACCACUGGUCUAACUCUGGAUCAAACUGUAGGCUUACUUUUCAUUUAAUGUAAUUAAAGUUAUUACCAGGGAGGCAGC